AAAAUAUAUUUUAUGCAUUUAUUGUGUAUAAACUUGGCCAAUCAAUUUUACUUGAAGUAUGUUAUGAGUAUUAUAAAACAAAGUUCGAGAUUACGUUGCAAUAUCAUAAUUAUGAAUAUAAAAAAUUAUGUCAUUAGUCUUUAGAUAUUAGAGCUUAGAACUUUGCACAUUAAUUUGUUGGGUUAAGUUUCAUAUAUGUGUGUAAUAAUAUUAAUAAUUUAUAUUUUAAUUGUUUAUAUGUGCUUAUAAAUAAAAACGUUACAGUGCGGAAUUUGUAAAUCUCUUUUAAAUAAAAAAUUAUAUUCUUUAAGUAUAAUUUACGCUAUUUGAAAGCGCGUUAUGGAUAUAAUAAUAAAACUAAAUGAACAAACAAUAGGCAGAGACAGAAUUAUUAGAUUAUUACAAUAUGGAAGCAGAGUUUAUUGGUAUUAUGCUCAGAAAAGUCACAGUACACAAAAUUCUGCAGAAAUUUUAAGAAGUUUAGAAUAUACAUUUAGUUCUUUUAGAAAAUUGUUACGCCUUGGGAGAUGUUUGGACAGUUUAUAUUCUGCUUUAAAAAUGAUGAAAUAUCCAGAAGUAACCAUUAGAGUCACUUUGACUCUAUCAAAAAUUGCCAAUGCUCUGUUUUUAUUAGCAGAUCAUAUAAUUUGGAUUGGUCGUGUAGGAUUACUUAGAGUUAAUAUAGAAAAAUGGAGUAAAAUAGCUAAUAAGUAUUGGUUAAUGAAUAUUAUUAUGAAUCUUACAAGAGAUAUUUAUGAAAUCAUAAAAAUUCUUGAAACCGAAGGAAAAGAUGUAUUAAUGAGAGCACCAAAAUUCUCAUCUAAUUUAUGGAGACAAUAUGAAUUAUUGUAUCAUCUAAGGAAUCAUAAAAGUAUUGUUAUAGAUACAAUUAAAAAUGGCUGUGAUAUGUUUAUUCCAUUGACAGCACUUGGUUUUACUAAAUUAACUCCUGGAACAAUUGGUAUACUUGGUAUGAUAUCUUCAAUUGUCAGUAUUUAUACAUUAAUUUAUCCAUUGUAUAAGCUGACACCAGCUUAAAAAUAAUUUACAUAAUAUAUAUAUAUAUUUUUUUUAUGUACAUGAUGUUUAUACAAUUAUAAAAUAUUUUAUAUUAUUAAAUUAAAAAAAUAAUAUAUCAUUAAAAUUGAAUUAGUAUUUUUAUAUGGACUUCUAUAUUUUUUUAUGCAUUUUGAUAUACAAUGAUUAUAAAUACAAACAAUUAUACUGUGA